ACGUGACUGUCAGUCAGCUGAUCAUUUCUGCGUCCUGUAUCUCGACUAUGAGGGUCACGUCGAUGUUAUUUUAGCCGUUUAAUUGUGCUUUAAAAUAAAUCGAUCUAUUUAAACGCUCGGUUUGUCGAUUUGACAGUAGUUUGAUUUAGUGUGUGACUGAGCGAGUAAAGAUGUCAGCAAAAGAUCGCAUCGAUGUUUUCCCUUCUAGAAUGGCUCAGUCCAUCAUGAAAGCUCGUUUGAAAGGAGCUCAGACUGGCCGGAGUUUGCUGAAGAAGAAAGCGGAUGCUCUUUCUAUGCGAUUUCGCCAAAUUCUUAGAAAAAUCAUUGAGACUAAGACACUGAUGGGUGAAGUGAUGAGAGAAGCCGCCUUUUCUUUAGCCGAGGCCAAAUUUGCUGCUGGUGAUUUCAGCACCACGGUCAUUCAGAACGUGAAUAAAGCCCAGGUGAAGGUCAGAGCUAAAAGGGACAACGUUGCAGGUGUUACUCUGCCUGUAUUUGAGCAUUAUCAGGAGGGUGGAGACAGUUAUGAGUUAACUGGUCUGGCCAGGGGUGGAGAGCAGCUGUCUCGACUGAAGAGGAACUACGCGAAAGCAGUUGAGCUUCUUGUAGAGCUGGCGUCUCUGCAGACCUCAUUCGUCACAUUGGACGAAGCCAUCAAGAUCACAAACCGCCGUGUUAAUGCCAUCGAGCACGUGAUUAUCCCACGAAUCGAGCGCACGCUCACGUACAUCAUCACAGAGCUGGACGAGCGCGAGCGCGAGGAAUUCUACAGGCUGAAGAAGAUCCAGGAGAAGAAGAAACAGCUCCGUGAGAAGACUGAGAAGGAGAUUGCUAAACGCUUGGCUCUACUGGGCCCGAGCGCCGAGCCCACGAACAUGCUGAACGAGGAGGCCGAUGAAGACCUGCUCUUUGAAUGAGACCUCCAGGAAUCCACGUUAUAUUUAUUCCUGCCCUUGAGGCGGAGCUUAAUGUCUAGUAAACAAGAAAUGUACUUGUUUGGUGUAUCUGUUGUUGCCGUUUCACUACUUUUUGUUUGUAGAAUUAAACUGUAAUAUGGAUUUGGACUGUAAUAGAAACUAUCAUUCCAUUGAAUUGCGCACAGUUUAGGGCGUCUUACUGUAUGUAUUAAAACCAGUGCAACUUUUCUUGUUACAGCCCCAGUGUGUGAUUGACAAAUUAUGUGACGUACAUCACAACUCAUGUUUGUGUUGUGAUUGAUGAAAAUAAUUGAAUUCACGAUGUGGUUGUGUGAUCAUAAUCUUUACCUAAGAUCAGGCCACACUCCUGCUUUUGGUCAUGUGGUUGAGAAAUGUGUGAUUGUUUUGGUCCGAAGGAAUGCUUCCACCUCCUGUGGAUUUAAUUUCAAUAAAUGUUGUAAAAGUUCA